GAUAGUUAGGUUGAAGCUUCAACUCCGUUUCCCUGCCGGAGACGAUGAUGAAUCGCACAGCUUUCAUCAAAUUCAGAGGUACCAACUCCUUCCUUCUUCAUUCUCUCUCAUCUUUCCAAUUCUCUACUCACAAAGCUUCCCUUCACUCCAAUGUUUCCUCUUUGAUUCAUAAAAUUACCAACUUGAAUGAUGCCUUGAAACUGUUCGAUGAAAUGUCACACAGACAGCCUUUGCCAUCUGUUGUUAAGUUUAAUCAGUUGCUGACUGCUGUGACUAAAAUCAAACAUUUUUCUUCUUCUCUUGACCUUUUCAAACAAAUGUGUUCCCUUGGUGUCCCUGUUAGUAAUUACACUAUGAGCAUUGCAAUCAAGUGUUGUUGCCAGUUGCAUCGCACCAAAGACGGGUUUGCACUCCUAGGCUGUUGCUUUAGGCGAGCUAUUGCACCUGAUGUCUACAUAUUUAAUGCACUCUUAGACGGACUCGUCCUUGAAGAUAGGAUUCUUGAAGCAGAGAUGUUAUUCAAAAAGCUCAUCAAACAAAAACUUUGUGAACCUGAUGUUGUUACGUACAGCACAAUGAUUAAAGGGCUUUGCAAGUUCGGUAAUAACGUUACAACACUUGCUUUGCUCAGGCUAAUGGAACAAACAAACUGCAAGCCUGAUAUUUUUACAUAUAACACCAUCAUUGAUAGUCUUUUCAAGGAUAAAAUGAUAGAUGACGCUUUCAAGCUCUUUAAAGAAAUGGUAUCUGACAAAGGUAUUCUACCAAACGUCAUCACCUACAACUCUUUAAUUUGUGGUCUUUGUAAGUUUGGUCGUUGGGAUGAGGCCUCAAAGAUGCUAAAACAAAUGGAGGAUGAGAAUAUUUCUCCAGAUGUACAUACAUUUAAUGUAUUAGUUGAUGCAUUUUGCAAGGAAGGUAAAGUAGAAGAAGCUGAGGUUGUUAUCAACAUCAUGAUUGAGAGAGGUAAGGUUCCAAAUUUAGUGACAUACAACUCACUUAUUGAUGGCUACUGUCUGCAAGGGGAAAUGAUCAAAGCAAGGGAGAUUUUUGAUUCAAUGACACUUAGAGGUCUCGCUCCUAAUGUUGUUACUUACAGUAGUUUAUUGAAUGGGUAUUGUAAGAAUCGGAAUAUAGAAGGGGCUAUGCAAAUGUUUCGUCAAAUGACCGGACAAGGUUUAAAACCCAAUGUAGUUACUUACAACACCAUGUUACAAGGAUUGUUUCAGGUUGGGCGUUGUGUAGCUGCGCGCAGACUCUUUAAUGAGAUGCAUGCACAAGGCCGAAUUCCAGACCGGUGCACUUAUCGAAUAGUUCUAGAUGGUCUUUGCAACAACCAUCUAGUAGAGGAUGCGCUCUCUUUGUUUUAUUUGGUGGGUAACAGCAAGCUUAAUUCUGAUAUUGCUGUGUACAACAUUCUCAUUGAUGGUGCAGGCAAAAAUGGGAAAGUAGAUGUUGCGAGGAUUCUUUUCCAAGGUCUAAUUGAUAAAGGCUUGCAACCUGAUGUUCGUACCUAUAACGUGAUGAUCAGUGGUUUCUGUCGGGAAGGUCAAUUGGGGGAAGCAAAGUUGUUGUUUCUUAAAAUGGAAGAGAGUGGCUGCCCACCAGAUGAUGUUACUUACCGUGUUUUACUCCAAGGAUAUCUAAAGAAGAGGCACUAUGAUGAUGUGGAGAUGCUUUUACAGGAAAUGGAUGAUAGAGGUUACUCACUUGAUGCUUCGACUUUAUCGUUAUUUAUAGAUCAUAUCGCAGCUGGUUUACUAGAUAGAAGUAUGCUUAAAUUGUUAAGUAAGCUUGUGCCAAAAGAAUUAUUGGACGAUCCCAGGUUGUGCGACUGGGAGUGAAACCGAAAUAGUAAUUGUGGGAUGAAAAAUGAAGAUUAUAACUUGCAAAAUGUGGAAAGCGGGACAUUUCCUUCAAAUUCCAUUCCAUUUGGUCUGCUUGUGUUUGGUCCUUAGACAUGUGGUCUUCAUUUGUUUGGUCAUUAGACAUUUUCAGUAUAAGAAUUCACAACGCUUACACAUUUGUGUUUGUUGUAGUUUAAUGAUGUUUUUCUUGUUUCAGGAAUACCAGCUGUAACAUGUGCUUUUGUUUCA